AUGUACCCCGGUCGUCCCGGACCGGACAUCGUCAAUCCAAUAGGAAUAAGAGUCCAUCGAUUCCCCCCGCCAACAGCGAAGCAACGACCUGGAUCACAGCAGCAGGCUGAUGAUUUCAACGCUGGAGAACUAGGGGGUCGAGGACCCCAUUCAGGAGCUAAAGGAAGAGGAAAAGGUGCUGGUGGUAAGGGAGGAGGCGCUUUGGGAUUUGAUACGGCCACUGGGGGGAAGGGCCUCGGCAAGGGCAAGGGAAGAGAACACGAAGAUACAGCUAGCUCACCCGAUCAUCAUGAUGAUGGCUGGCAAGUGGUGAAGCCUAAGCAAGGGAAUAGGGAUUGGGGUGCACUCAGAGGUGGCCGAACUGCAGGAGAUGAGGAGGAUGGCAAACCACUACCGCCAUGGCGUAGGGUUGCUGCUCAUCAUCCAGGGGCCGCUAGAAGGGGAGAUACAUCCCCGGUGCAUUCACAUGGCGCGGACCAACAUCAUCGUAUUGAUAUUACUGCCGCAGAAGGAGAUCACUAUCACCAUAAACAGCAGGAGCAUCCUCCCUCUGGUGUCCCCACCACUACCCCAUUCAAGAAGACUCUCCAUAAGGAGGAAGAUAGCCAUCCUAAGGAGUUGAUCAAGCCGACGACCGAGGCGACUCCAACAACCCCGGCUCCUGCGGUUGACCCCUUCACAAUGGCCUUGUUGAGAGGCGCUUCUCCAGAACCACAUACCAACAGAAAUCCACCAUCUAGCGGUGGCCCAUUCGAUACCAGGAUGCCACAAGCAUCAACAUCAGCAGCUCCUCCUCCUGCUGCUGCUGCCGCCCCUUCUGUUGAGGCUUCUAGUAGUCUCUUUGGUGACACUACUGAUAGCCUUUUCGGUCCCCCACUAGAGCACGAUGGUGUUGUAUCAGCCUUCGCAGAGGGUCCUGCGCGGUCUGCCUCUUCUGGUAGUCGCUUCGCUCGACUAUUUGAGAGCCUCCAUGCGGAUGACCCCAAGCCUGCUGUCCCUCCAACCCAACCAUCAUCGGGCUUCCCAUCUACCACUCCAUUCUCUACAUCAGCCCCCUUCGCUCCGGUGGCGACUUCACUCUUCGGUGGCCCACCCACAGCAGGGACGACACAAACCCCCGCUAAUAUCUUCGGAAGUCCGUCUUCUGCCUUUCCAGUAGACCGACCAGCUCCAGUCCCCAGAGUCCCGACUACUUCAACCGCUCAACCGGCAGCAACUGCCACUCAGGCGCAGCUGCAGCAUGCCCUACUACAGCAACUACGUGCUGCCCCGCCUGCCACCACUGCCAAGGUUCAACAGAUACUGGAGAGGGCCUCAAGCAACGCCUCUUCACAAGGUGGAGGAGGAGUGCCGGCCUUACUCCAACAGUUACAGGCUCAAGCUCAGCAGAAGAGGGAGCAGGCUGAAGAGCAAGCAAGGACUAUGGCUGCUACUCAACAGCAACAGCAGGCGGCUCUAGUGAGGCUGCAACAAAUGCAAGUACAACAGCAGAUGAAGAAGUUACUUCAGCAGCAGGAGCAGGAGACCAAGCAGCAGCAGGCCCAGCAUGGGAGUGGUCCAUCAAACGCUCCAGCUGCUGGGGCUACCACGGGUAUGUCUGCCUUGAACAGGCUCAUCAGUGCUGGCAGUAGUGGUAGCCACUCUCAUCAUCACUCUGCCCCUUCUCCGUCACUGCCUACCGGUGGAUCGGCCCUUGUGGGUACCCCAUCUCCUGGCCUCGAUGUCAAUGCCCUAUUCUGGACAUACCUGGACCCACACGGCCAUAAGCAGGGCCCUUUCUCCAACGCUCAAAUGAAGACUUGGCAUGCCGCUAGCUACUUCGAUGUGGACCUCCCAUUGGCUUUCUCGACCUCAAGUGCCCCUACUCCUGGCAGCAGAUUCGCUCCUCUAAACAGAAUCUUCCCACCAGGGAGCCACCCGUUCAUCGAUGCUCCACGUCCAGUAGGGACUGCUGCGGCUCCUCCACGGCCUUCCUCUAGCACUACCAGCCUCGGUGCCUCUAGUACAUCUCCGGCUCAGACGAGGACAGCUAUGUCGGGGCUCGAGAAGCAGGAUUCUAAUAUCUCUAUUGGUUCGAGUGUCCAUUCUGCUGGGAGGGUCUUCCCACCAGCAGGAGCCCCCGUACCACCUCCUCCCCCACCGGUGCAGCCUCCAGUGCAGCCUCCAAGUGCUCGAAGGUCCAAUGAGGGCGGAUUAGGUCACGGUAGAACUAGGAAGCCCAAUAGGAAUGUAAUGCAGAGUUACAAUGAUGUUUUCGUUGUUAUGAAGUUGUCUUCAGCAGCAGCAGCAGCAGUCGGCAGCGGUUUCGUCCACCUCUCCCCCACCACACCGAUCGGUCUCUCCUGGGAAUCGGCUUCGGACUCACUGAGGGGUCUGCUUGGGAUCGCCACUUCGGAAUCUCCACAAGGUGGAUCCGACAGACAUCCAGCUUCGGGUAGCAGACUCUCGGAAGAUGACAGGUCUUCGGUCGAUGCGGAGCAGCAACGCCAGCAUAAGCAAGCUAUUAGUCGUGGAGGCCGAGGUGGAAGCGCGGAAGGUCGCCCGAGGACUGUAUAUCCUAGAAGGCCGGGCGAUGAGAAGGAUAAGCCCAAGACAGUGGUUGCUGGCAAGGACGUUGCUGAUCCCUCUUCACUGCAUAAGGGGUGGCUGUGGUCACCCAGUGAUGAGGCAGCUAUGAGGAGGAAGGAGGCUGGUGGUGGUGGAGCUGUGGCACCUGUACCGAAGAAGAUGUCAUUGAAGGAGAUUAUGGCCAAUGAGACUGAUGCCAAUAACAUCAAGGCCUUGAUGACUGGUCAUAACCCUGCUGCCGCCGCUCACAAGAUGAAGAUACCUGCUGCUAAGAAGAAGAGCCAGAAGCAGUUGAAAAAGGAGGCUGCGGCGAAGAAUGCUGCUUCUGGCUCAAGCUCGUAGUAGAGGCUGGUCAUAAGAGCCUGAUGAUAGUCAUCCGAUUCUAAGGGACCAAGAUAUCCUCCUCAUGCUACUCAUUAUGUAUUGUUGAUAUUUCUUAUGAUAAAUAAAGCACAUGCUCAUCAUCAUCAUCGUCAUCAGGGUGGCAGCCAUCUCGAGCUAGCAAUGAUGAUAUUGGUAGUCGUGACGGUAUGUAUCAUUGUAGUAUCGCAUUUUUGCUACAAGGCUUCAUCGUUGCAUCAUCCCUAAUGGGACGCAUGUUGGUGCUGCCGUCUCAUCCGUCGAAGGUAGUAGUACAAUCUUGCUAUUAUUUUCCAUCUCCAUUACCCCUGCAACUACUAACAUUCCCAUCGUUGUCUCCUGCAAACCAUAUUCCUAUUAGUGAUGCCUCUGCUGCUGUUGGUGACUUGGACGGUACAGUCUUUAUGU